AUGCGUCGUGCUGCCGUCAAAGCUCUACGGACGAGCUACCAGUGCACCUGCCGGGGCCUACGAGUUAGCCGUAGGGGAUCACCUCUCCCCCUGCUGCAGUCCUCAAAGGCAGCCAGUUCCGGUUCCCCCACAGCUCAUUACAAUCCCCGUCUCGGCACGGCUACCGCAAGAUACCUGUCGUCUACCGGCGCGCGCGACUCUUCAGGUACGCAUCAUCAUUCGAAUGCUCGCCCCGAGCCCCUUCGUUCAUCCAUGUACGUCCGCGGCGCUUUCGUCACCCUGCUUUCAGGGCUUGUCGCCUACGGUGCCUGGUACAACUCCGGCGACAGCAAUAGCGAGUCUCCGAUAGCCUCGACGACUAGCGCAACCACCACCGCUACGGGCGCUGUCCCGACCCGGUCUGUCCUGGUGAUCGGAGCCGACGAGUUACACACGGGUACCUUUGUGGGAGACGGCCCUAUUUCCAAGACCACAAGCGAUAACGAAAGAGUAGUCGAGAUGUUGUCCCCCGAGCAAGCGACCCGGAAGCUACGCCAGUACGAGCAGUCGGUCUACGUUAACCGUGGUCAGGGUGUGGUUCGUUACGAUGUGGCCCAGCUGCCCUCUAACGAUCCGAUCGAGGAUGACCAUGCCGAAAAGAUUGUCGAGGUGCCCAACAAGGCUCCGAGCAGUGAUCCGAGCGAUUGGAUGUUUUGGGGCGUUUUCGAUGGCCAUUCAGGCUGGACCACAUCGGCCAAACUACGCCAGGCACUCAUCAGUUUCGUUGCUCGCGAACUCAACGAGACCUACAAGUCUUCUCCGGAUCUUAUCCCGUCUGCCGCCGCGGUUGAGUCUGCCAUAAAAACCGGAUUUACGCGACUGGAUGACGAGAUUGUGCAUCAGAGCGUACAAAGGGUUCUGAAGUCCAACAACCGGCUCGUUGCUGCCGAACAUCUGGCCCCAGCCUUGUCAGGCUCGUGUGCUCUGCUCUCCUUCUACGACAGCAAGUCCAAGCUUCUCCGGGUUGCUUGCACUGGCGAUUCGCGCGCAGUGUUGGGUCGCAGAUCCGAAUCUGGAAAGUGGACGGCAACUGCCCUAUCAACCGACCAGACGGGUAGUAACCCGGACGAGGCUGCUCGCUUGCGCAAACUGCACCCGGGUGAAGAGCAUGUGGUUCGUCACGGUCGCGUACUUGGCGGCCUUGAGCCGACACGCGCCUUCGGCGAUGCGAGCUACAAAUGGAGCCGCGAACUUUCAGAGAAGCUUCGGGAAAAGUUCUUUGGUAGGUCUGUUUCUCCCCUUCUCAAGACACCCCCAUAUGUCACCGCCGAGCCAGUCGUUACAACGACCAAGAUCGAGCCUGAAAAGGGUGAUUUUGUGGUCAUGGCCACAGACGGCUUGUGGGAGAUGUUGACCAACGAGGAGGUGGUUGGGCUGGUGGGCAAGUGGAUCGAGAGCCAAGCUGGUAGCAGCUCCAAGUCGUCGGGUUUUUUCUCCUUCUUGCAAAAGGGUAGCAAGACAGCCCUGCCUGUCGAAUCCAGCGAGUCGGAGAAGAAUAGCGGCAAUAAGACGCCCAUUCGUCAGAGACAGUGGGGCGCUACCGGUACGGACCCGAUGGAACGGUUUGUGGUUCAGGAUAAGAAUGUUGCUACACAUCUUGUUCGCAACGCCCUCGGUGGGAAGAACCAGGAACAAGUGUCGGCCCUGUUGACGCUCCCUUCGCCCUUUUCGAGGAGAUACCGUGAUGAUUUGACGGUCCAGGUUAUCUUCUUUGGAUACGACGGCCCGAAGACAGGCGAGAUUGUUGUCAACAAGGAGGCGACGGCUGCGGCUCUGGCUGCCGCGGCGGCUGAUGGUAACAAGACGGGGCCUGUGAAGCCUAAGCUGUAGGGCGACGAUGGCAUUUCCGGCUUUGUUGACCUGAUAUUGUUGUCCCUUUGAUUCGAGCCUACCGAGUGGAUUCGGGGCUCUGAGGGGUAGUUCUCGUCGUGGGCUUUGUGAUUAGGUACUUUGGCGCAUGUCGGAUACUGUUUCUAUUUGGGCAAGCAAAAGGAAGAGGGGGUGUUCAGGGCAACAGCGAUCUCAUGAUGUUCAAUAGAUGCAUUAGGCAUGGCUUUUACGGCAGCGAAGCCAUUUGGUAUGAAUUCACAGCACUUUAAUCCCC